AGAUAUCACGGGCGCGCGGCCGAAAAAGCGCAGGCUACCACGCGAGAAGCGAACGCGACCCGGCCACCACCACACCUCUCCUCCAGCUCGCGGUCUCCUCCUCCUCGGCUCCUCCCAAAAAAGAGCUCUAGAAUAAAAGAGAAGGGGAAACCCCCCCCCCAAAUCCCACGCCGCUCGGCUCACCGAGUGCUGCAUCGGAUCGGAUCGGGACGGCGGUGGCGGACGCGAGAUGUGGGAGUCGGUGGCGCUCACGCUGGCCGGCGCCGCCGGAAACAACGUCGGCAAGGUCCUCCAGAAGAAGGGCACCCACAUCCUCCCUCCCCUCUCCUUCAAGCUCAAGGUGAUUAGGGCGUACGCGUUGAACAGGCUCUGGAUCAGCGGAUUCCUCAUGGACAUGUGCGGCGCCGCGCUCAUGCUCACCGCGCUCUCGCAGGCGCCGGUCUCCGUCGUGCAGCCGAUCGCCGGCUGUGGCCUCGCCAUACUCUGCGUGUUCUCCCAUUUCUACCUCAAGGAGUCCAUGAACGGGCUCGACUGGGUCGCCAUCACAUUGGCCGGUCUAGGCACGAUAGGAGUUGGUGUUGGAGGCGAGGAGCAGAAAGUGGACAAAAUUCCACUGUUCAAUAUACCUUGGCUGGUGCUCUCCAUUGUCAUCUUGUUUGUUCUUCUCAACACUUGGCUUCAUAUCUACAAAAGGCAAAGGCGUGAACAAGAGUUGACUGGACCUGAAGUGAUCGAGGAGAUCAUAUAUGGAUUGGAAUCUGGCAUUCUGUUUGGGAUUUCAUCAGUGAUAUCUAAGACAGGAUUCGUGAUGUCUGAAAUGGGUUUUCCAAAGAUUGUUGUACCGGCUGCCAUUUCUUGUAGUGUGGGCUGCAGUGCUGUGGGAUUUGUUUAUCAGACUCGAGGUCUGAAGCAUGGAAGGGCAAUUGUUGUGUCCACUUGUACAUCAGUUGCAUCUAUUGUGUCUGGCGUUGUAGCUGGUAUGAUUGCGCUUGAUGAACAUCUUCCCACAGCUCCCACGGGCCGCUUUUUUCUCUUACUUGGAUGGUUCUUCAUUAUUACAGGAGUGAUACUUCUUGUUAGUUCAACCCGGAUAAUUGCUCGGCUACCCAGAUCUAUGCAGAAGUUUUUGAAGAGUAAUGUGGAGCGUACCCACAGCAUCAGGAGGCCUAGCUCAGCGCGAGGAAAGGACCCCAUCCCAAGCACAACAAUCCAUGCAUCCACAUUGCAUCUGCUAACAUCUCCAUCGAAAGAGAAGGCCUAGAAAAAGUUCCUGCUGGAGCAAGAUUGUUUUGGCACCUCAAAUGUGCCAUGUUGUUUAAUUGACUCCUGAUGUGAAUGUAAAGUCUAGAGUAGCAUCUUUAAAGUUUGGGUUGGUGAUAUCGUAUACUGCUUGUCUGCUCUUAUUGAUCUAUACAGCCUCUUUGGAAAACUUAACCUUGCAUUUUGACCAGGUUUCAUCUUUUCAUUCGGUUAGUUGGCAACUGCUAAAUCGGUUUGUUCUGUUGCAUGAAAGUUUUUUUUUUCUUUUGUUUGAGGUACUGACUACUGUUAUGCCUUUUCUCGAGCUUGUGUAAGUAAAGGCAUUUAACAGCUCUUUGUUAUGUUUUUACACCAGAAUGACAUCUACAAUAAGCAGUGUUAUGUUUUUA